UUCUUCAGCAGCCAUCAUCCCUACGGAUUCGCGCACCAGGCACAGAACUACAAGCUUUUCUGCUACAGUCACCAAGGGGAAACCGAAGCCAAUCACAGCAAUGAGAGCCGUCGUUCAGCGCGUGGCCUCUGCAAGCGUCGAGGUCGAAGGCCGCGUUGUGUCUGAGAUUGGACCGGGCCUUCUCGUCCUUGUCGGCCUCCACGAUUCUGAUUCCGACGCCGACGCCGACUACAUAUGUCGUAAAGUCUUGAACAUGAGAUUGUUCCCCAAUGAAAGUACAGGCAAAGGAUGGGACCAAAGUGUAAUGCAGAGGAGUUAUCAGGUUUUAUUAGUGAGUCAAUUUACCUUGUAUGGAUUCCUGAAAGGCAACAAGCCAGAUUUUCACGUUGCAAUGCCGCCUCAAAAAGCGAAGCCCUUUUAUGCUUCUUUGGUUGAUAGAUUCAGGAAUGCCUAUAACAAUGAUGCAGUAAAAGAUGGAAUUUUUGGAGCAAUGAUGAAGGUCAGUUUGGUUAAUGAUGGACCAGUUACAAUGCAGCUUGAUUCACAAGCUCCAAAGAAUUCAAAUGAUGCAGCAGAAUCUUGAUGCACUGGUUCUCCUGUUUUGAUGAAAAA